GUCGAAUGCCUAGUCUGUAUCGAUCUGUCGUGAAAUCGCGUAAUUACCCGGUCCAGCAGUACUAGUUUUGUAUUAUACGUCAAAGUGGUGAAAUGAAGUUGGUGCUGUGGUUUCUGUUCGGGCUCUGUGUUUGGGCAGAAGGGAUAAAUUUCGCCAGAGAGGAUGAUGAACAUGAUCACGGUCCCGAGUUAGACUGGUGGGAAAACGGAGUGUUCUACCAGAUCUACCCGCGCUCGUUUAAAGACUCGGAUGACGACGGUGUUGGUGAUAUCAAGGGUAUCAUUGAAAAGCUAGAUCAUCUAGCGGAUUUGGGAGUGACGGGUGUAUGGUUCAGUCCACUGUUCAAGUCACCGAUGAAGGACUUUGGUUACGAUAUCUCAAACUUUCGCGAAAUAGAUGAGGUUUUCGGAACGAUGGAAGACUUUGAUGCGUUACUUGUGAAGGCCAAGGAGCUGGGUAUCAAAGUUAUUUUGGACUUCGUUCCGAAUCACACCAGUGACGUGCACGAAUGGUUCCAGAAAGCGAAGAACGGUGAUCCCGAGUUCAGGAAUUUUUACGUGUGGCGAGAAGGCAAGGAUGGGGGUCCACCAAACAAUUGGCAAUCAGUCUUCCAUGUGGACGCGUGGAGCUUGCCUACCGACGUGGACGUGGAGGGCAAUGAAUACUAUCUGCACCAGUUUGACGCAGGCCAACCAGAUCUAAACUACAACGAACCGAAAGUGAAGCAAGAGAUGACCGAAAUGAUGGAGUUUUGGUUUGAUAAAGGCGUCGAUGGAUUCCGUAUUGAUGCCAUCAACCACGCCUACGAGCACCCAGAUUUUCUAGACGAGCCGCUAAUCGAUGAGACCGAACCAUUGUUUUACGAGAACAUGCAUCACAUUUAUACUAUGAAUCAGAACGAGUCCUACGAUCUUAUUUACGACUGGAGAGAACUGUUCGAUGAGCAUUCCGUUAAGGCUGGUAGCACUAAACUGAUGAUGACCGAAGCAUAUGCCGAUCUGGAGCAAACAAUGCGAUGGUAUGGAAAUGAUGAGCGCAACGGCUCUCAUUUUCCUUUCAAUUUCGCCAUGAUAAACCGAGUGACAAAUGCCACAAACGCCGCCGAAAUGAAAGUGAUUAUUGACGAGUGGCUGGACAACAUGCCUGAUGGAGCGAAUGCUAAUUGGGUCUUGGGAAACCACGACCGGCCGAGAAUUGCGUCACGCUUUGGUACUGACAGGGCUGCUAGUUUUGCCAUUCUAGAAUUAUUGUUACCGGGAAUAGCCGUCGUGUAUUACGGUGAAGAAAUUGGCAUGGUAGAUAACCGUGCAAUUACAUUCAAUGACACGAAAGAUCCACAGGCAAUAAAUACAAGCCCAGAAACGUACCAGCUGUAUACUAGAGAUCCGGUACGAACUCCCUUCCAGUGGGAUGAUUCAGAUUACGCCGGAUUCAAGACCACCGCCGGGGAGAAACCAUGGUUGCCAGUACAUCCUAACUACAAGGAGGUGAACUUGGCUGCUCAGAAAACAAAUUCCAAAAGCAUGUAUAACUUAUACAAGCAAUUAAUUGAGUUACGAAAGAAGCAUACUUUGCAGUAUGGAGAUUUCACAGCGAAAGCUUUGGUAAACAACGUGUUCGCAUUCGAGAGGUCGCUAGCCGACCAUAACUCCUACGUGGUGGUCAUUAAUCUGGUCUCAUCGGAAGUGCAGCUCAAUUUGAAAAAUUUGAACGAAAAUAUCAGUAAGGUCAAGGUUGUUCUAACUACGCCGGACUCCGAUUACGCAGCUGACGCUGAAGUAGCGGAUGUGGAAAACAUGAUAUUGCGAAGCCAUGACGCGGUGGUCUUUGAGGUUAUCGCUGGCAGUGCAGCGCUAACGGGAUCGUUGCUGUUGCUCUUGGUGGCAGUGUUGCGAUCGUUAUUCAUACAAUGAACAUAACUUUAUUCGAAUAUAUGUUUAUUAUUGUGUACAAAUUUAAGCUGAAAUUAGAAGUUUUGAAGUGAUUCCCAUGA